AUGUCGGACAACGUGGGCCUUUCGACGCCCCGUGGCUCAGGCACCUCAGGCUACGUCCAGCGCAACCUGGCGCAUGUGAGACCGCGCGACCGCGCUGCCCCAUAUCCCAAGGACUUUGACUCCAUGCGCCACAGGCAGAGGCAGCCGGACAAGGGAAUACUGGAGCAUGAACGCAAACGCGAGGUGGAAGUCAAGGUGUUUGAGCUACGGGAUCGGCUUGAGGACGAAGGUGUUGACGAAGAUGAGAUCGACUCCCAAUGCGACAAGCUUCGGAAAGAGCUACUCGACAAGAUGAACAGGGGCGGAAAUGAGUCCAAGAAGGGGCUAAAGAUGCACCAAGUACACGAACUCGCAGACGCCAAGAUCAAGGAGAGCGAAAGACUGAGAAAGGCGCUCAAGAUCGACAAGGACUACGAGGAGGGCAGUCACUGGAGGAGACAGGAAGAGCGCUUAAAGAAGGCGCUCGAACGGGAUGCCGACAGAGACGAGGAUAACCGGGAUGGCCAGCGGCGAUCGAGGUCGCCCCGGCCAUCAUAG